ACGCCUUUGCAAAGAGCAGCAUUGCAUAUGCUCACUGUAUUCAGAGAGGAGCUGUUCAACCAAUGUGCCGCUACAAACGAAGCUAUUAUCUCAUGUGUUGUCAACAUACAGUGUAGCUUUCUGCAUUUGGAGAUAAAGCAAAGUAGUCAAGCGAAGUACCUUGAAACAUGAACAAUACAGAACAAUGUAGUCAGCUUCUGGAACAAAAUAAAAGAAAGAAUGACUAAAAUAGAUUUGUGUCAAAGGUGGUGAAAAAGUGAAAGUGGAAAAACUCUGGAUGGAAACACGUUUGUGUUUUUCACAGUAACCAAUGCAGCAGCGUUUAUGAGAAUCAACCUACACUCACUGACUUUCAUUUGACAAAACACUGCAAUGAUGAAUGUGACAGGUGGCGACUGCAGUACCCCCUCAGCAGAGUACCAGUACUACUUCUUCCCAACGGUCUACAUCCUCGCUUUAGUUUUAGGUCUACCAGGAAAUCUGGCUGCCCUCUUCGUCUUCACCUUCAGGACCACACCCCGCACAGCCUUCAGUGUUUACAUCAGCAAUCUCGCUCUGGCAGACAUCGUCAUCCUCUGCACGUUGCCCUUCAAGAUCCACUACCACCUCAACAGAAACAACUGGGUGUUUGGGGAUGUCGUUUGCCGUGUCACUGGUAUUAUGUUCUUCGCCAACAUCUACAUGAGCAUCUGCUUCAUGACUUGCAUCUGUGUGGAUCGCUACAUGGCCACGAUACACCCGCACAGCUAUUUGAGGCUGCGGAGCCCCUGGUGCUCCCUGGUUGUGAGUGUGGUGCUCUGGUGUGUAAUUGUAGUGGCUAUGCUGGUCUUUGUCCUCCUGGGACCCCUGGAAACCAACGCAGACGGAUCCGGAAGCCGCAGCUGCUUCGAGAACUUCGCCAAGAGAGAGUGGAACACGCGCUUGGCGGUGUACAGCCUGCUGUGCCUGAUCUUUGGCUCCCUGCUGCCCUCCGUGAUCAUCCUGGUGUGUUACCCGCUGGCUGCGAGGCGCAUCUCCAUGAUAAGGACUAAAACAGCCCAAAAAGCCGUGAGGGUCAUUUACACCAUCCUGGCCAUAACGCUGCUCUGCUUCCUGCCCAACCAUGUGGUGUACCUGCUGCACCUCCUUCGACGGAUGGAGGUCAUCCAGAGCUGCUACUUGGCCAACGCCAUCUACAACGCCAGGCGGUUCACUAUGGCGCUCGUCAUCCUCAACACAUGCCUGGACCCCGUGCUUUACUACGUCACCACCAGCCACUGCAAAUGGAGGCAGUUAAAGAUGGCAUGGCUGUGGGGAAGAGUCCGGAGAAGGAGGGGUGUCUAUACCAUUGCAGUGAGCUGAAGGGUAACGGUGUAUGCAUGUUGUAAAUAUAUCUCCUUAUACGAGUCAUUGUUUAUUUAAAAAAAAAAAAAAAAGAAAAAAAAAAAAAAGAAGUGUUUAUUGAAACUGACU